AUGGCGGGACUUUCACAAGAAGAUCGCAACAUUAUCAAGAACCAUCCUCUAACCAACUUAGUUGAUCGCUUACGAGGCGCGCUUCAGGAAGCUGAAAGAAUAUAUGAGUCGCGUCUAAUCUAUGAUGGCGCUCAUGAGAGCCUUGACCAACUCUAUCGAAAUGCGAUUUCAAAACUCCUCUCUGCUUUACAGGGAGAGGAUGCAGCUUACAGCCUUCGCUCGCGAGUGAGUAACGGGGAUAUGGUGUCUGAUCUACUACACUUAGUCGAGCGUCUCCGAAAGGCACAAGAAAACUUCAAGUACGACGACUACCGGCUGCUAGUGAACCUGGUUAUUCAAAGGCCUCCGACUGAAUCCCAGAACGUCGAAACCUGGAACUUCGACGUCUGGAACGCGGUCUUUUGUCUUAUUGACGCCGUCUCGCGAGGCACUCCCCCUCCUCCUCCUCCUCAUCCUACAUCAUCGAUCCAACAGACGCCCUGGCUACGCAACACUAGCAGUUUCGUCAAUUCUACAGAAUAUCGAAAGCACGUUGACAUUGUGCUGAAGGAGGAACUUGGGGAGAUACACGUCGACAUCCCUAGAUUCUUUGACGCAUACUUUGGAGACAUUCCACAACUCACUGCAGUUUCACAAGCGGUGUUGGAGGAGUGCGAGAAGGGAGACAGCCCCCUUUACCGUGAAGACGAGGGCUGGAAGGGCUGGCCUGAACUUGCAGCCGAAAGAGACGUUCUGAAAUGGCUGGCUAACAUCAUCGCUGAGCUCAUGUCACUGGUCGCAGAUCCUGGUGCCAGGGAGCUGAAGAACGACCCGAAAUACGACAGGAAAUCCGGUGCAUGGUUUGAUCUUGGCAGGUACGCCCGAGAGGUCCUCGCUGCGCAGGACACCCGUCGUUUCGUGCUCGGGUUCACCCUCUGCGGGCAGUUCCUACGACUGUGGAACUUUGACCGCCUGGGCGGAAUCGCAUCGGAGGAAUUCAACAUCAACCGGGACGGCCUUCGAUUUGUGUCUGUUAUCCUUGGAUUCCUCUUGAUGAGCCGGAAACAGCUUGGGUUUGAUCCUACCAUCGUCGCGACCGGGACCGAACGGUAUAUUGAAAUUGAUAGGAACGGUACGAAGGAACGGCUGAUUAUCGACGAGACUGUUGGACGAGCACGUUGUGUUGCCGGACGAGCCACAACCUGCUGGAAGGUAUACUGUGAGACAGACAAAUUACGGACGCCGCUGGUUGUCAAGGACUCCUGGCAGUAUCCGGAACGCACUGAGGAAGGAGAGUUGCUGCGAGAGGCGAUGGCGAAGGGGGUCAAGAAUGUCGCGAGGUAUUAUCACCACGAGACAGUUCGCAUUGACUACAAGGAUGAUGAUGUCUUGACUAUCAGAAAGGGCCUCGGUAUUCCGAUUUCAAAAGAUGAGAAGGGUGGCUUUAACGCGAGAGUGCGGCGUAGUAGGUCUCAAAGAGGAAAAAAGAGCCAGGGCAGCACCGCCGGCCAGAAGCGAUCAUCUGACUGCGUGGACAAGGCAUUUCCUCCUCCUCCAAGUAAGCGUACCCAGUCAAGUUCUCCAUCCAAAUCUGCAGGCGGCUCAGCCCCAUUCAAUCGAGUUCACCGCCGCGUCGUUAUCCGGGAUUACGGGAAACCAAUCUAUGAGAGUAGUUCGAAGGCUAUACUUCUCACUGGGCUGACCCGCUGUAUUGAAGGAUACAUGUCACUCCAUGAUGAGGCUGGCCUCAUCCAAUGCGACGUUUCCCCCCGGAACCUGAUGGUGAAUGAGGACAAGGACAACCCAUCAUGGCCUGCCUUUCUGAUCGACCUUGACCUGGCAAUCGAGUUAGAACGGGAUGGGUCUUCCGGCGCACGGGGCAAAACGGGCACCAGAGCGUUCAUGGCCAUCGGUGUCUUGUACGGCGAAAAGCAUUGUUUCAUGCAUGAUCUGGAGUCGUUCUUCUGGGUUCCUUUUCUGGAUAUGCAUUCACUAUGA